AUGGAGGGAGAAAGAAGGAAGAGGAGAAUGGAGAGGGAAGAAGAAAGUGAAGAGCAGCAGAUGGAGAAGUUCUUUGCCCUGAUAAAGAGCACUAAAGAUGUAAGGGAUAGGCUCUCCAAACAGAAAGAAGAAGAGAAGGCAAAGGGUGGUUGGAAACCAACGUUUCAACCAGAAGAUUUCAUGGAUCAUAAAGACUUGGCCAAGAUUAAUGUUUUACGUCAUCAACCUGCAGCUCCUUCUUCAGGUUCAGGGAAAGAGGUAACCCCAGAGCCACACCCAGAGGCCCAACAUGGAAAUAACAACAAACCAACCGAUUUAGACCUAACCCUUUCUUUAUAA